AUGCUGACUGAUUAAUCUGUGAUUACAAAAAGAAUUUAGUCAGUUCAUUUUGGAUAUUAUACAGCAAAAGAAAUAAGAGAAAUGAGUGUUAAAGAAAUAUCAAAUCCCAAAGCUUUUGAUAAACUCAAUCAUCCCAUUCGAGGUGGUCUUUAUGAUCCUGCUUUGGGAGUUUAACCACAUGAAAGAGGUACAAGAUGUGUAACAUGUGGUUAAGAGAACAUGGAUUGUACAGGACAUGUAGGCCAUAUUGAAUUGCUACUUCCUGUUUACAAUCCAUAUUUAGUAAAUUAGCUAAUGAGUUUAAUGAGAUCAAAAUGCUAUUAUUGCCAUAAGUUAAGAAUAACAAAAGAUAGAAAAAAGUUUUAUAAAAACAAUUUUAAGUUACUAAGGUUAGGGAGAUUGAUUGAAAUGAAAAAGUAUUAAAAGCUAUACAUGACAAAAGUGAGACUCAACAAAUAAACUAAGAAUGCAUCAGAUAAUAGGAAAUAAUCUAUAACUGCUACUGAUACAUCAAGAAAAGGAAGCGAUCAUAGGAAAGGAAGUGAUAAUAAAAUGCAAAGUGAUUAAGAAACAGCACCUUAAGAAUUCUUAGAUAUUGAGGAUGUUAAAUAAUAAAUCUAAGAAAUUCUUGAUAUAUUAUAAGUAAAAAAACAUCAAUCUGAAUAUAUUGAUGGAAUAAAUUAAACUAGUCACAUAUUACAAGAACUUAAAAUUUUGACAAAAUAAUUUUUCAAAGAUAUCAAUAAAAAAUGUCCUCAUUGCAAUAAAGUUUCACCGAAUGUCAGAAAGGAAGGUGUAAGUAAAUUCUUUUUAAUGGAAAAAAGUGAAAAAGGAAACAAGGAUACUUAAGAUGAUUAACAAUAAUAAGGUUCUAAUAAAAAGAAAAAUCAUUAUUUAAAUCCAAUGGAAAUUUCAGAACAUAUACAUUAAUUAUGGCGUUGGGAUUAAGAUUUAUUAAAAUAUAUAUAUGGUAGUAUUUAUGUUAAUGCUAACACAUUAAAGAAUGCAAAAAAGGGAUAUGAAUUAAAAAAGAUUUCUCCUGAAAAUUUUUUUAUUGAAGUAUUAAUUGUUCCAGCUAAUCGAUAUAGACCUGAAAAUAAGGUAAAUGAUCAAACAUUUUUGCAUGGUCAUACUGUCACUUAUACAAGAAUUUUGGAAUACAAUUAAGAAUUAAAAGUAUUGAUAACUAAUAUGACAAAUGCUCCUGCUUAAACAUAAAGCAGUAUGGAAGCAUUGAAAUAAUCAGAUCAUAUGAAAAAUAAUUUAAAGAAAAUUAUAAGAUUAGAUACUAUAAUGUAGAAAUGGUUAGAACUUUAAGAUUGUGUAGUUGGAUUAGUGAAUUCUGAAAGAGCUUAAAAUAAAUAAAAUAGAGAAACUCCUGGAGUAAAAUAAUUAUUAGAAAGAAAAUAAGGAUUGUUUAGAAUGAAAAUGAUGGGAAAAAGAGUUAAUUUUGCUUGUAGAUCAGUAAUUUCACCAGAUCCAUUAUUGAGUACUAAUGAAGUAGGAGUUCCAACAGUAUUAGCUAGAAAAUUAAUUAUACCAGAGAAUGUAAAUUCAUUAAAUUAAUAAUAUGUGGCUGAUUUGAUUAUGAAUGGACCUGUUUAUCCAGGAGCAUUGUAUUUUUAAGAGGAUGGUAAGAAAAUUGCACUUGAAUAUUUAACACCAUAAUAAAGAAUGGCAAUUGUAAGAGAGUUAGGAAGUGGAGAAAAUAAAGUUGUAUGGAGACAUUUAAGAACUGGAGAUGUAAUGCUUUUUAAUAGAUAACCAAGUCUUCAUAAACCUAGUAUUAUGGGACAUAUUGUAAGAGUAUUACCAAAUGAAUAAACAAUUAGAUUUCAUUAUGCAAAUUGUAAAUCAUAUAAUGCAGAUUUUGAUGGUGAUGAAAUGAAUCUUCAUUUUAUUUAAAGUAUGAUUGGAAGAGCUGAAGGUUAUAAUAUUGCAUUAAAUGAUUAUCAAUAUAUAUCAUAAACAAAUGGUAAACCAUUGAGAGAAUUGAUGCAAGAUAUGAUUGUAAGUAGUGUAUUUUUAACAUUAAGAGAUACAUUUCUUACAAAAUAAUAAUAUAUGUAAUUAAUUUACACAUCAAUUUGGAGUUUAUUUGAGAAAAACAGUUAAAAGAUUGAAUUAGUUCAACCUGCAAUUCUUAAACCAAAAUAAUUAUGGACUGGUAAGUAAUUGAUAAGCAAUAUUAUCAAAAUUAUAGUUGGUUUGAAUGGAUAUGAUCCAGAUAUUGGAUUAAAUCUUGAGUCAAAAUGUAAAUUGUCAUCUAAAGAAUUACCAGGAAUGGCAUCAGAUGAUAUAUAAGUAUUAAUAAAAGACAAUGAAUUAUUAUUGGGAAUUGUAGAUAAAAAUUAAGUUGGUUCUGGUGCAGAUUAUGGUAUGAUGCAUGCUUUUCAUGAAUUAUAUGGACCUAAGAUGACAGGAUAAUUAUUAACUGGUUUUGCUCGUCUCUUUGCUGCAUAUUUAUAAUAUCAUGGGUUUACAUGUGGAAUGGAUGAUCUUAUAGUAGAUGAAGUACAUGAUGAAAAAAGAAGAGUAUUAAUAGAAGAGAAUUUAAAGAAAGGUGUUAAGUAAGCUGCUGAAUAUUGUGGUUAUAAUUCAUAAAUACCAGAAUCAAUUAAUUUAUUUAAUAGAUCAAAUUUUAUAUUUGAAAAUGGAUAAUACAAUCAUCCAAAAUACUAAUAAGAUGUUCAUUAUUUCUCAUAUGAUCAUCAAAUUUAUGAAGCAUUAAGAUAAAAAAUAUUAAUAGAAAAACAUUAAGAAGAGGCUUUAGAUUAAGAAUAUAAGAAAGCAAUGACUAAAGUAACUUCAGAAAUAGUAGGUUCAACUUUGGGAGGAUUAUAGAAAUUGUUCCCAUUAAACUUAUUUUCAAUGAUGACUAUGACAGGUGCCAAAGGAAGUAAUGUGAAUCAUUCACAAGUAUCUGCACUUUUGGGAUAACAAGAAUUAGAAGGUAGAAGAGUACCUUUAAUGCCAACAGGUAGAUCUCUACCUUCAUUUUUACCAUAUGAUCCUAAUCCAAGAGCAGGUGGUUAUGUGGCAGAUAGAUUUUUGACAGGAUUAAGACCAUAAGAGUUUUUCUUCCAUUGUAUGGCUGGUAGAGAAGGUUUAAUUGACACAGCUGUAAAAACAAGUAGAAGUGGAUAUUUAUAAAGAUGUCUAAUAAAACAUUUAGAAGGAUUGAUUGUUUAAUAUGAUUUAACAGUUAGAGAUAAUGAUGGAUCAUUAAUUUAAUUAUUUUAUGGAGAAGAUGGUAUUGAUACAACAAAAACUAAAUAUUUAGAGAAGUUUAGUUUCUUAGCUUAAAAUAAUUAACAUUAUAAAAAACUAUAUAGAGUAUAAGAGAUGAAAUAACAUUUCUAAACUUUAGAUGGUACUUCUGUAGAAUUAGAAAAUGAUACUUUAAUGAAUGUUUAUAAUCCAUCUUAAAAUUUAGGAGCUGUUUCAAUGAAAGUUUAAUCUACAAUGAAUGAAUAUUUACAAAAAUGUUAAAAUGAACUUCAGUAAAAAAAAAUAUCUAAUAAAUAAUUUAAAUCAUUAGCAAAUAUUAGAUAUCUAAGAGCAUUGAUGCAUCCAGGAGAAGCAGUAGGAUGUGUAGCUGCUUAAUCAAUAGGAGAACCUUCAACUUAGAUGACUCUAAAUACUUUUCAUUUAGCAGGACAUGGUGAAAAAAAUGUCACAUUAGGUAUUCCUAGAUUGAGAGAAAUUUUAAUGACUGCAACAAAAAAAUAAAAAACACCAACUAUGUCUCUUUAAUUCUUGAAUGCUAAUAUUGAGAAAUCAUAAGCAGAUAGAUAUGCAAAAAGAAUGUCAAAAUUAGUAUUUUUAGAAUUAGUUAAUAAUAUUAAAGUUAGAGAAUACAAAAGAUUAACAGAGAAUGGAAUUCCACUUCAUUCAUAAUUAAGAGGAGUUAUAUAUGAAAUUGAUGUUGAAUUAGAAGAUUUGAAUUAAAUCAAAUAUGUUUUUGGAAUUUCAGAAGAUUAAAUAAAAAAUGUAAUAUAUUUAUUAAAUUUUUAUAGAAAAUUAAUCAUGUAUUUAUUCCAUUAUUAUUGAAAAUAAUUCAAGCAGAAUUAAAUAAGAAUUCAUCAAGAUGUGUUGAGAAAACCAGUUUCCUAAAAAGUAAAGAAAAUGAAGCUAAAAAAUAAAGAAAGGGAUCUGAUGAUGAAGAAGAUGAAGAUGAAGAUUAAUAAUAAGAAGAAUAAGAUGAUUUAUCUGAACUUAAUUAAGAUGAAGAAGUACUAAAUAUAAUUAAUUAAACAUUUGAAUAAUCAGCUUAAUAAUAUGAUAUUUUUGAAGAAUCACAUUAAUAAUAAUAAGAAUCACCAAAAAAAUAAAAUCCUAAAAAAGAAUAAUAAUAAUUAACACCUUAAAUAACAUAACAUAAAUAUUUAGAAAAGGCUGAAGUACAAAAAUAACUUAUAAAAGUUGUUAUUAAAUUACCUUUAAAUAGUAAAAAAAUGUUAAUGACAAAUGUUGUUAAGAAAACAUUGUCAAAUACAGUAAUUAAUGAAAUUAAAGGAAUUAAUAAAGCAAAAAUCAUAAAGAAUGAUAAAAGUGGAGGUGCAUCUUUUAUGAUAUACACAGAAGGAGUCAAUUUAAAUAAAAUUAGAAAUUUCGAUUUUAUAAAUUUAAAUAAUAUUGAUUGUAAUGAUAUUGUAGCAAUUAUGAAUGCUUUUGGUAUUGAAGCUGCUAGAAAUGCCAUAAUUAAAGAAAUUUUAGCAGUAUUUGGAGCUUAUGGUGUUGCUGUUGAUUAUAGACAUUUAUAUUUAAUUGCAGAUUAUAUGACUUUUGGAGGACAAAUAAGAGCUAUGAAUAGAAUAUAUAUGGAUGUAAAUAUUUAUAUUAAUAUAAUAGUUCAAUACUGCUCCAUUUGGUAAAAUGACUUUUGAAACAUCAACUUAAUUUUUAACUAAUGCUUGUUUGAAUAGAGAAACUGAUACUUUUAAUAAUAUAAGUUCAUAAUUAGUAAUAGGAAGAGUUCCAAAAGUAGGAUCAAAUUUGUGUGAUAUUUUAUAUUAAUUUGAAACAGAGGAAUGA